AUGAUCAAGUGGAAGUCUACAGACCUUCUGCUGUACUUCUGCAGCACAAGAAGCUUCGAGUCGUUCAACAUCGACGCGUUGAUGCCGAGCAGCAGUUUGGGUUCCCAGUGGGAGCCUUCGUCCGCUACAAUGCGCACUGUGUCGAUACUUAAAGCAUCCGAACAUGAUGUAUCAGCAGACGAUGUCAUCGAUCCGAUGCAUUAUGCAUUAAUGGUUGUGUCGAACACAAGUCGAACGCAAACUAACCGCCAGUUCGUGGACCCUGCUCCGAUAACCAAACACGCUGCUAAAGUAUCUAACCAGGCAUGCUGGGUCACUCAUAGCGACGCGCGAGAGUCAUCUUUAAGUUGGUACACCCGCCGAGCAUCCAUCUCCGCCAUCUACCUCGCCGCCGAACUUCACCAACUGACUUCCCCAAAUACAGAACCAGCAUUCUUGUAUUCGCUCCUCGAGAGUGCUGUGCAUGCGGGAAAGGCUGGACGAGACUGCUUGUUUGCGAGUUUAUGCUUGGAAGAGCUGGAGAGGGAUUGUGAGGUGUUCUGGGGUGUUGGUUUGAUUCUGAGUGCAUUCCCUAACUACUACAUCCCUGAAGUCAACGCAUGA